GAACGCAGUAUGUGGGCUCGCAAAGUAGCGCGCGAAUAGAGGCUCUUUAGGGUUUUAAAACCAGCCUCUUUUUCUCUCUCAACUACCCACCGUACUCUAAAAAGUGCGAAAUCUCUACUCUAAAACCAGUUUCUAUGUAUCUUCACGCUCAAUGUCUUAAACCCCCUUCUCUCUCUCUAAAACCAGUGUCUGUGUCUUCACGCGCAGUAUCUUAAACCCUCUCUCUACCUAAAACCAGUUUCUAUCUAUGUUCAGGCUCAGUGUCUUAAUCGCUCUCUCUCUCUCUAAAACCAGUGUCUAUGUUCACGCUCAGUGUCUUUAAACCUCUCUCUUUAUCUCUCUCGCUCUUAUUCUUGUUCUUAUUUAGCAGUUUCUCUCUCUAGAAAAGAGUACCAGUCCACUCCAGUUUGUACUAAACCCAACCCCUCCAUCUACAACCAUUGUAACUGUACCCUGUCCUGAAAUCCUCUCUCUCUCUCUCUUUAAGAGAGAGAAUCACUGCACUCCACUGUGUCGUAAAACUCUCUCUCUCUUACCUGAAGAGCAAUAUAAUUUCUCUCUGAAAUGCUUCAAUGGCAGGCCACUCAAGCCUGUAGAAAGACCACUUCUUUCCCCUCUUUGAUGGCCUUCUCCUCUUCCCUUCGCCUCGCAACCAAAACCCUAGUUCGGUUCCACCAUUCUUCUCUGCAACUCCAUGGCUCCUUCACCUGUUUCCCGCACCUCCAAACCCCUAAUUACAGGUUUUUCUCUGUCAAAAAGGAGGUCAGGCUUUUAUCUGGUGUUUCGAGGGGGCCUGGUAAAGGCUCUGGUGUAGUCAGGGCAAAACGUAGAGAUGGCGGAGAUGAAGGAAAGGGAGAAAAGAAAGCCCUGGAAAAUGAUGAUGCAGAGGGUGGAAAUGGAGGGGUUAUGGUUAAGGAGAAGGCUUUUGAGGCCAGGGUUGUGAUGGCUGAGCUUCACAAGGAGGCCACCGAGUCUUACUUAGCUUAUGCCUUGUCUGUGCUUGUUGGUCGUGCUUUGCCUGAUGUUCGCGAUGGAUUGAAGCCGGUGCAUCGUCGAAUUAUAUUUGCAAUGCAUGAAUUGGGUUUUUCAUCGCGAAAACCGUUCAAGAAAUGUGCUAGAGUUGUUGGUGAGGUGUUGGGAAAAUUCCACCCACAUGGAGAUACUGCUGUCUAUGACUCAUUGGUCCGGAUGGCCCAGGACUUCUCAAUGCGUUGCCCACUUAUUCAAGGGCAUGGGAACUUUGGGUCUAUUGAUGCUGAUCCACCUGCUGCAAUGAGAUAUACAGAAUGCAGACUGGAAGCACUCACAGAAGCUAUGUUUCUGUCAGAUCUCGAACAAAACACGGUUAAUUUCGUUCCUAACUUUGAUGGGUCUCAGAAAGAGCCUUCGCUUCUGCCAGCUCGAGUUCCUAACCUUCUGUUGAAUGGUUCUUCUGGGAUUGCGGUUGGAAUGGCAACCAAUAUCCCUCCUCACAAUCUUGGUGAACUGGUAGAUGCACUCUCUGUAUUGCUUCAUAAUCCUGAUGCUACACUCCAAGAAUUAUUGGAAUACAUGCCUGGACCUGACUUUCCAACUGGUGGUGAAAUUAUGGGAAAUAUUGGGAUUUUAGAUGCUUAUCGAACUGGUCGUGGGCGUAUAGUUGUCAGAGGAAAGACCGAUGUGGAGGUGCUUGAUGCAAAAGGCAAGCUCUCCGCUCUUGUAAUUAGAGAGAUACCUUAUCAAACCAACAAGGCUUCCUUAGUGGAGAAAAUUGCUGAGCUUGUGGAAGACAAGAGCAUAGAGGGUGUAAGUGAUAUUCGUGAUGAGAGUGAUCGAUCUGGAAUGCGGAUAGUGAUUGAGUUAAAGAAGGGGUCUGAUCCAUCCAUUGUUCUCAACAAGCUGUACAAACUAACUGUACUUCAGUCGAGCUUUAGCUGCAACAUGGUGGGUAUACUUGAUGGGCAACCCAAAUUGAUGGGUUUGAAAGAGAUGCUUCAGGCCUUCUUAGAUUUUAGAUGCUCAGUUAUUGAAAGGCGGGCAAGAUUCAAGCUCAAACAAGCUCAAGAACGAGAACAUAUCAUUGAGGGUAUUUUAGUGGGGCUCGAUAAUUUAGAUGAUGUCAUUCAUCUAAUUAGGGAAAAUUCAAGUCUUUCAAUGGCCUCGGCUGCUUUGAAGAAAGCAUAUAACCUCUCGGAUAAACAAGCUGAGGCUUUAUUGGACAUAACCUUGAGAAAACUUACUUCUCUUGAGAGGAAAAAGUUUGUGGAAGAAGGUGAGUCUUUGAAGGAACAGAUUUCUAAGCUGAAUGAACUCUUGUCAAGCAAAAAACUUGUAUAUCAGAUGAUAGAACAAGAAGCUAUUGAAGUAAAGAACAAAUUCAGAACGCCAAGACGUUCAUCACUGGAAGAAGGAGAUGGCAGUCAACUGGAAGAAAUUGAUGUUAUUCCUAAUGAAGAAAUGCUUCUGGUUUUCAGUGAGAAAGGCUAUGUUAAACGGAUGAGGCCCAACACUUUUAGUUUACAGAACCGUGGAACAAUUGGAAAAUCUGUUGGGAAAAUGCGUGUAAAUGAUGCCUUGUCUGACUUCAUUGUCUGCCAUGCCCAUGAUCAUGUUCUUUAUUUCAGUGAUAAGGGAAUUGUGUACUCUGCCCGUGCUUUUCGAAUACCGGAGUGUACCAGGACUGCUGCAGGUACACCCCUGGUCCAGAUAUUAUCAUUAUCUGAUGGUGAGAGAAUAACAUCUGUUAUUCCGGUCAGUGAAUUUGUGAAGGACCAAUAUCUAAUAAUGCUAACUGCAAAAGGGUUCAUCAAGAAGAUUUCUCUGGAGUUCUUCUCUGCGAUAAGAAUAACUGGGAUUAUAGCGAUUCAGCUGGUUCCUGGUGAUGAGCUGAAAUGGGUCCGUCUCUGCUCAAAUGAUGACCUCAUUGCAAUGGCUUCUCAGAGUGGAAUGGUUCUUUUAAGCUCUUGCGAAACUCUUCGAGCAAUAGGAAGAACUGCUAGGGGAGUGGUUUCCAUGAGACUGAAGGAUGGAGACCGAAUGGCAUCUAUGGACAUAAUUCCAGCAGCCAUGCAGAAAAACCUACAGAAAGAGGGUAAAGAUCUGAGUGCUCCAUGGCUGCUUUUUGUGACUGAGAGUGGAUAUGGCAAGCGUGUGCCUGUGAGCAGCUUUCGGAUGACGAGGUUUAGGAGGAAGGGUGUGAUAGGCUACAAGCUUCCUCCCAAUGAUGGUCUGGCUGCUGUAUUUGCUGUUGGAUUUUCGUUGUCAGCUGAUGGUGAAAGUGAUGAACAAGUAGUUUUGGUUAGCCAAAGUGGAACUGUCAACAGAAUCAAGGUUCGUGAUAUUUCCAUACAGUCACGCAGCGCGAUGGGAGUUAUUCUCAUGAGAUUGGAGUUUGCCGGAAAGAUAAUGUCGGCAUCCCUAAUGUCUGCUACAGAGGCGGAUGAUAGUUCUGAAUCUGAAGAACAAUCUGUGGCAUAGAAAGCAUAAAAAAUGGCGAUGAGAGAAAGAGGACUUAGAAAGGUGGAAUUUAUUGGUCCCAAUUGGGAAGCACGGCUGAAGGGAAUAUAAUUUUUCUACUAUUUUGUUUUUAUGUUUGUGUUUUUUGUGAGGGCAGACAUUCAUAGGUGUAACUUAAGUUCUAGGAGCAAGGCUAGAUCAUUUGAGAUUGGGACUAUAUUGGCUGUGUUGUUAAUUCUGCACAUUGUAUGUGCAAUUUUGGAAUUUCUGAUGUAUAAAAUAUACAAAUAUAAGCACGUAACAUAUAAUGCCAAUUGGGUAGGGACUCAAA